UGAAUGCAGAAAAUCUGUAAUAGAUCCUAUUCUUGAAAAACUUGGGCCUAUAAAAUUGACUUUAUCUGGACUAGAAAUAAUGAAUGAUGAUCCAUCAACAGUUGAUGUUUUAUACGGAUGUAUUCAAGAGACCCAGUGGAGUAAUGAUGGCACAUUUCAAAAUUUAUUAGAUAAAAUUGUUGAUUUUUUUUCUAGGAAAGGUUUGAUACAGAAACAGUAUGACCAUGUGAAACUUCAUGUCACAUUACUAAAUUCUUUGUUCAGCCAAGACUCGGAGGAGAUGGCAAGAAAACCAUUUAAUGCUUCAAUAAUAUUAAAUACAUUUGGCUCAUAUGAAUUUGGUUCACAAGAACUUCAAGAAAUUCAUUUAUCACAACGGUAUUCAACAGGUGUGAUGGAUAUUAUCAAUCCACAAUGA